AUGUCCAAAGCGCAAUUGUUCCAGUUGCUCCCACUGCCCGACGACGGGCUGGAGCAGGUGCUCGAGUACGCCUCGACGCUGUCCAAGGCCGAGGCGGCCGAGCACUUCAGCAACAUGCUGGGUGACUCACCCCAGGUCGUCGAGUUCAUCUCCGCCUUCAACGCACGACGCGCCGAUCCGAGGCCCGCGCCGGCCGCUGUGCACUCCGCGGAGACCAGCUCCGGUCAGAACUCCGAAGCCGACGCCGUGCCGAAGCCCCGCCGCGCGCCCAAGAAAAAGAAGCCGGCCCUCCACACCCCGCCGCCCCGCCAAGUCGCGUCGUUCGAAUCAGCGCCAGGCACCGUGUACAAUAAGAAGGACCAGCAGGAAGACUACAUGCCAGGCGCGAGGUCGGGCGCGUCGACGCCUUCAGCUUCAAAUCACAAGGCCAACCGUGGCAAGACGACGGCCCCUGAGCCCUCGAAGCCUCCCCCGUCUGCGGCCGCGGGGACCCUCGUAUCGGAGCUCGGCCUGCCCAAAACGAAAUCCCAUUCCAACCCCGUCUCCCGCACCUCGACGCCCGGCCCGUCCUCGUCCCGCAGCCGCGCUCCCGCCGCGACAACAAAGGUGUCCAUCACGGGCGGCGUGCCGAUGCACGGCACGUCGACGGCGCUGGCCGACCUGGACCGGGCGAUCCGCGCGCUCGAGAUCACGACCAACCCGACGCACGCGGCCAACAGCGCGGCCGGCAUCGCCGCGCGCCGCUGCAACUGCGUCGCGACGCGGCACCCGCUGCUCGAGGCCGCGCCCAACUGCCUCCGCUGCGGCAAGGUGAUCUGCGUCAAGGAGGGGCUCGGGCCCUGCACCUUCUGCGGCGCGCCGCUGCUCAGCCCGGCCGAGGUGCAGGGCAUGAUCCGGGAGCUGCGGGCCGAGCGCGGGCGCGAGCGGAUGGCGCUGGACCGCGAGGCGCACCGGCGCGCCGCACGCGGGCCCGGUCCCGGCCCCGGCGCCGGCGCCGGCGCGGACGACCUGACGGUCGCCGAGGCGAUGGCGCUGCAGCACCGCGACAAGCUGCUCGGGUUCCAGGCGCAGAACGCGAAGCGGACCACGGUGCGGGACGAGGCGGCCGACUUUGACGCGUCGGCGGUGGGGAGCAUGUGGGCGAGCCCCGAGGAGCGCGCACUGGCGCUCAAGAAGCAGCAGCAGCUGCUGAGGGAGAUGGAGUGGAACGCCAAGCCCGAGUACGAGAAGCGCCAGCAGGUGGUGAGCAUCGACCUGACGGGCAAGAAGGUGUUCAAGAAGACGGUCAAGGUGGAGCGGCCGCCGACCCCGGAGGAGGAGGACGGCGAUGGUGGCGGGGGAGGAGCGCUGCCGGUGCUGGGGGAAACGGACGCCGCCCCCAAGGGGCAGCCGGGGGCGUUCAGCAAGAACCCGCUGCUGGGCGGCUUGAUCAGGCCGGUGUACGAUGCCAAGGGAAAGGGAGCCGAGCUGGAAGGGAGGAGGGACCGGAGUACGCGGUGGCGGAGGGUCCAGGAUGACUUGGACGACAACGAAGCCGUCAUCCUUGAUGGCGGUAUUUACGGGAAGGGCACAGAGGCGCCCGCUGCCACGGCUGGCGAUGAGCCGGCUUGCGGCUGAUUUCCUAUCAUACAUGCAUACACUAUUCACUGCGUCAAGAUGCCACACUCACGCGUGCCAUCACUGGGGUGCGGAGCUCGGGUGUCUGGUUCCAUGACCAAGUGCCGCGUUGCGCCGGCGAAACCCGACACGUGCAGAGCUCCUCCCCUUGAGUCUCCUGUGCCUUUCUCUGGGAUGUGAGCGGUCCGAGAGCACAAACAGCGCCAGGCCGUUGGAAGUUGUGAUGUUACGGCUUGGUUCCCGAGCGCCGUAUACCUUAUGAGGGGCUGUGAUAACGGCGUUGCUUGGGGGAGGGGGGGGGGGGAGGGAAUCCCUGGUCUCCGGCGCUGAGGUGGUCACUGCCACUGUUCCACAGCUUUUAGAGAAGACGGAAUACUGCACCGCUUGUGGGCCUUGGGAGCUUGCGGGGCAUGGACUGGGAGGAAACUCCAAACAUCAACCUCAAGACUCAUGUGUAGCGUCACAGGAACCAGCUGAAGCUAGGUGUACCCGAAUAAAACUAGGCGCC